AAGGAACUGCGAGGUACCUGUUUAGUAGCACAAGAUUUGCAGGGGCAUUCAUUUUCACCUCUCUCCUGGAACUUGCUGCAUCCAGCUGACACUGCUUCAAAGCCUUGGACAACGCUCAGCCCCACAGAAAACAUUAAGACAUGUUAAUUUUUGGAAAGCAGACCUGAAACCCUGAUGCAUACAAAUUGCUGAAGGUAAUUUAAAAUGGAAAAAUGGUUUACAUGGGGCCUAGUAUUAGUUCCAGAGGUGAAAUGUGUUUCACAGCUCUGAGAACUGUUAACACAGCCACUGCCUCUGUCAGUGUUACUGGCUACUGGAAGUAGAAGUGUUGACAAAAUCUGAAAUGCAGCUCCAUUUUUUCCUGCAAACAUCAAGAGAUGGGACCAAGAAAUGAUCUUUAUCUCUCAGAUGGUAGCAUUUCAUUUUAUUCUUUUCAAAGCACUCCGCUCUGGCUGCAUGGCAAGGCCCAUGGCAGAGCAGGCCCCUGCACGAUGAACUCCCUGAUCGCCACCUCUCACCUCCAGCUAGCUUCCUUUGCACUGGGGACAAUAGGCUGGAUUCUGUGCACCGUUUCCAUGGGACUUGUGGAGUGGAGAGUGUGGCAUGUGGACAACACCACCAUCAUCUCCUCUGGCAUUGCCUGGGUGGGGAUUUGGAAAGUCUGCUUCAUCAGUUAUAAUCAUGUCUCGCCUGGCUAUGAAGAGCAGUUCUGCCACAAAUUCAGCGGUUAUGACUCCUCCAUCCCUGGCGAAAUCUAUGCUGCUCAGGGUCUCCUGGUGAUCGCCAUGGUCACGGGAUUGCUGGGACUGACUGCCACAAUAUAUGCUCUGAGAAACAUUUCUAUGGGAAUCAGUCGUAAAACUUCCAUUACCCGUUUCUUCCUGGUGGGUGGCUGCUUCUACGUAUGUGCCGGUCUGUGUGUCCUGAUUCCAGUGAGCCAUAACUUCUAUUCUGUAACUCAUAACCAGAGCAUCGCCUUCCCUCCCUCCUACCUCAUGCCCUCCAGUCCUGUGGCACAGGAAGCUGGUGCUGCCAUUCCCAUUGGGAUUAUAGCUGCCAUCCUGCUGCUGCUGAGCGGGACCUUUUCUCUGUCCUACAGAUUUCCUGUAACCACAAACACGUGAAAUCCUGAUGGGACGAAUCGCUCCAUACAUUUUCAGAGUAUGGUCAAAAUAUAAGGAUAGCAGCACAAGUGGUUCUUCAGACAAGAAACUACAGCGUUUUAGUCUACAGCAGCCAGCAUAUGUUGUUAUAAGACUGAACUAUCAUCUUGAUUGCCAUGUGUGACCAGGAGUUUGUCUUUGAGAUCACUGCUGUUGAGCAGCAAUGGUAAUUAUUAAGCUUUAUCAGUUGUCCUCCUCAUAUAUAUACACAAACUCUACUGAUUAACUUAUUUUUUUUUGUGCCAGAUGUUUACUGUGUUCAAAGAGCUGACUCUGAUUUAAUUGUUCUGUUCGUGUCAUGGAAUGACAUGUGAAAUGUGAACUUGUUUCCUUCUUAGUACUAAAACAUUUUGUCCAUUAUUAAACAAUAUGUGUAGCAAAGUAUAUUUUGCGGCAAGUUGAGACUUUUGGUACAAACAAUAUAAGUGUCAUCAUGAUCGCGUCAAAUGAGUGUGUCCUGAAUUGUCUUACAAAGAGAUCUAGCCAGUUUCUCCUCUUGCUCCAGGGCACGUAAAGAGCUGUUUCUUUAUGCUUCUGUUUUUCUUUCAAGCUAUUUGCAUCUUGUGUUGCAACUUGUCUGCCUGCGGGCAAGGUGCGCUCUUAGUUCCUCACCUGUGCAGAGCCAAAAAGUCUGCAAGGGUAUGUUUCUUCAUCAGAUACUUCCCUGAAUCCAAAGGUAUUGCAAAAGAUGGAAACGGUGUCUACAAGUUACUGCAAAACUGCUGCCAAAAUCAGUGCUCUUAGUAACUGGGAAUAUUCAGUCCGACUUUCUAAGUGUGAUUCAUCUAACCUGACCCAGACAUCUGUACCUAAACCAGUCACUUUAGUCCUUGUUUAUAGUCAGUGUGAAGAAAAAGACAGUCUAGACAGAAAAAGACAUCUAAAAUAGAUCCUAGAGUAGCUGGGAGAUGACAUGCUCCCAAAAAAUCUGCUUCUCUUAAUUCAUUGUAAUGGCUAAUAACUGUGUUGCUAACAGAGGUGUACACAACCCAACUUUACCUGAGCCAGAUAAAAUUAGGUGAAAAGAAUCUGCCAUCUGAGUGACAUUUCCUGUGCCAGCGACACUGAAAAACGAGAAAGGAAGAGAGGAAGGAGGGGGGAAAUGCCCCAAACGCAGCAAUAAGGGAAAUAAAAUAAAAAUAAAAAUCAAGAGGUUGUAUGGUAGGAAUGAAUAGAUAGUGCUGACAAAUUGAUGACCUGCUGAAAACAGGCUCUACAAAAAGUGAUUACAGUUUCGAAGAAAUGUAACAAGAAUUUAAGAGAUCUAAUUGUACUGGUUUAACUAUCCUGGAUUUUCCAACAAGUACUUCUGCUGCCUUUUGGAGUUUUGGAGACAAGUUUUGGAGACAAAGAACGAAAAGCAACACAAUGUUUGGCAAACCUCCCCUUUUCUCACCUUCGGGGAGAAAGGUAACUCUCCAGGUUCUCAAACUGUCAUCAGCUCUGCUGCCUGUGCUUGCUUUCUGCCAGGAUCCUGGUUAAUAUUGCCUCCUUUUGUCCCACUGAGAUUGCUGUUACUUACUCACUUCUGGCUUAAGCGUCACCCCCACCGAAACCAUUAUAUAUGUAUAUAGAUCUAAGGAAUGCAGUACUUUAUUACUACCUCAUUUUCUCCUAGCAUUCCACUGUUUCUUCUGCAUCUUCCACAUGGUCUUGUCUUUGUUCUGCCGAUUUCCUAUACAGAAUCCCUACAGCACAUUCAUUCCCUCUGGUCUUCUCUCUUUUCUGAACCAGUGGCCUAUCUCAUCAUUUGUAAUUGAUGAGGUGCAGUUGUUUGUCUUUGGACUGUUUGCAGUGCUGCAAAGCACUUUCAAGUGGUGUACCGGUAAAAGCUCAUGCUUUCAUAGCUUGUUUAUUCAAUAUUGUUUCUACUUUGAUUUCUAUUGUACACCCUGUACUACAUUGGUAUGUUUUUUAAACAUGCACAUCAGCAGAACUGUUUUCUCUUCCCACAGGGAUUACAAUGAUAUCAGAUAUUAUCUUUUUGCUGUUGUAACGCAAAUAAGAUGUAUUCAUGUGUCAAUGCCAACAUUUCCCUGCACGAAUACAAGACCAAUGAUCCCUCACAAGGAACUUGAGCUUUAACAGCAAAUCACUGAUUCUACAACUUUUUCUGAGCUCACAUAUAUGCAGAAAAGUAUAUUAAUUAGCUAUAUUUACUAAAUGACUGAGUAGUGUCCACAUUUACUCUUCUUAGCUCAAAGACAAAGCAACAAACAGUGUCCCAUAACUGUUUCCCCCUGUUGGUCCAUCCUGAUCUGAGACUGUAAAACACUCAUUGUGGGUCAAAUGUAGAGGAGGUGCUGAGGAAAAUCCCUAGUUAAACACCGACAUAGGUUACCUAAGAAGAUACAUGUCUUUUAAAAAUUACAUUUUGCUAAAAAUAAAUUCAGAUAAAUACUGCUAUGCACAGCAUAGAUAUGGUUAGGCCUCAGGGCAGAGGAAUGGUCUAGUGGAGCUCUUUGUGUCCUUUCCCAUUGUACUUCCAAGGUUUCUAAUGCAGGAGACUAUCAGUGGUUACAUGGUCCAGAUUAUACCUUGAUAUAUAAUAACAUGUAGCCUAUGGUCAGAUACCAGGGAACAUUAAAAAUCAGUCAUUCCCUGAAGAAUAGGUAGGAGAGAAUAAAUUUUAGCUGAAAAUAAGGAAGAGGCAAAACCCCUAUUGGUCACAAUGAGAUCAAGCUUGUCUAAUCUUGACCCCUCUGGGCUGUAUGAUUCAUUAAAUUCUAGUGGAUGUUUAUGUUCAUUAAGAUUUUCAAACUGGAGGAAAGUAAAUUUCCUGUGCUUUGUCUUUGUGAGUGGGGAGGCACAGUCACUCUGUGCAAAUCUUCAUGAUGCAUCAUUUAGAGAAUUUAAAAAACUCAUUUACCUUUCAGUAGUCCCAUUUGUUACCAUUUCACUUGGUCUCGUACACCUAUUUUAGGGAUGUCUGCAAAAUCAGACAGCCGAAAUGAUCAGGAUUUAAAACAAAAAAAUGCAAAACUUUUCCAAAAGGCUAUUUUUAAUCUCGAUGACUUUAGGAAGCUAUUUUGCAGCCUGCCCCCGCCAUCAUUUAUAGUAGGACAACUGAGGACAGGCAGUGAGCUGCAGCACAAAGCCAGGAGUGAGUAGUCAGGGCCUCGAGGGAGGGAGAUAAGGCUAAGAACCGCUAAAGCAAAUUUCACCACAGAACGGAUAUCACAAAGCUACAUCUCCAGCUUCAGUGCAGACUGGGACCUGCUGCAUCUCCAGUGACAGCUCUGCUCGUUCUGUGGGUUCCACCCUGUCUAGGAAUGUCUCCACAGUGGCCUCAGCCUACAUGUAAAUCAGCCUUUCUUUAUUUGUCUGAGUUGACAGCAAACAAGUGUCUUGUGAUUGGCUCACAUGCCUGAACGCACUGCUGGGAGAAUUAUCUGAAUACCAAAACCCUCUUUCGAUUCUGCUGGAUAUCCAUGCAUAAUGAAAAGGCAUCCAUCUCUGACCUGCAGGCCGUGCUCCAGAUGCUAUUGUACCACAUGAUGCGUUUUGUUAUCUUAUUUCUAUUUCUGUCAGCCGUACCUGUUUAUUUGUGGCCACAGACCAAAAUGUGUAUGAAUACAUUCAAUACUCCUCUAAAAACACUUAGUACUGAAAGAACUUGAAAACACCUAAUAGUGAAACAAGCCAAUGGCACAUGUCUACUGGCAUUUCCUCCCUAGGUGAAUGUGUAAUUCUGACCUAUAUCAUUUUUGUUAAUGUUAAGUAAGAAAGAGGAACAAAGAGACAUUGUAUCAGAAAGUAGGUCAUCAAAUUGUUUGGGUUACAUCAAUAAACAUUUUUUCAAUUCAAGUCAGCAGUUUUACAUGAAAAUAAUUGCUGACUUUAGGUUCCUUAGUUUAUUGAAAACAAUGCUAGUCUCAGAAAGCAAUGUCUUUGUUGUCACAUGGUUUAUGGUAUAUUACAACGCGAGUAAGAGUGUUUUUCAGGAGAGCUAUUUUUAGACUUUGGAAUGUUUUUCCCUUAGAAUGGAAAAACUGAAAUGUCACAGGCAAUUUCCUGCUCUUUAGGACCUUAAAAUACUUCAGGACAAAGAGUUUUUUGCUUAAAAAAUGUAAGUCUAGCUGGCAUAGCGUUUAACAGCAAAUUGUUUUCUUAAAAUAGGAAACCAACGUACAUUAAAUUAAAGGCUCCCAGAAGAGACAUGUUCUCUGUGAAAAUACACCUUUUUCAAAACUGAAAGGGAAUUCCUUUCAUUCUUGUCAAUAUCUGUAUGGUCAGAUCCAGUAUCAGCUAAUAAAUACAUAUUUUUCAAGCAACAUAUUCCCUUCUCUCAUGUAAUCUACUCUAUUAUUUCCCUUGCAUAAGAAAGGUGAGAUUGUUCAAUAAUUACCAUGGUGCUUUGAAGCUGCCAAUAACUGUCAAAACCAACCAUAUGCCAAUCAAGAAAAUGUAAGUCAAUCUCAUCUCAGAAUUACAAAACCAAUAAACAGCGAUAAAUACUGGCUUGUAA